AUGUCGGCCAACUCAGCCAACUCCAGCUCGCUUGGUCGGCCACAUGAAUCUCAACAGCCAGCGACGUGGUCCCCAUUACCCAUCAUGCUCGUUCUGGCCGCCUGUCUCUCGCCAUGGCUGCUUAUCUGCCUCAUCCGUUCGCUCCUGCAUAUGGCUCAGCAGCUCAAGGCUACUACGGCGUCCACCAAACCCAGCAUCAUAAACUUCGCAGCCGCCCUGACGGAGCUGAUCAUCCUGAUAGUGUUCGGUGUGCUUGUCAUACUCGAGACGUUCAACAACGAAGAGAGGUUCAGCACCUUACACCCGGCUGGUCAGUUCGCGGCCCAAUCCAUGAUGAUAUUAAUCACAAUCUUCGGAUCCCGUACCGCGGCGUUCUUGACCAUAUUUCUCAUCGAAUGGCUGGCUUUCGGACUUGUCGAACCGGAGCCAGACAAUUUUGCGGUAUUCAACUCCUUCACCACCCUGCCAUGCUUGGCGUGUGGCUCUCGCCACUGCGAAUGUACAUCACGAACCACCCCAGCGACGCAUGACCAGCACGCCCGCCAGACCGUCACCAUCAAGUCCUGCUGA